AUGGCUGCUGCUCCAGCUUUGAAUUUGCUUUUUAAUUGCAACCAAAUGCAAACACUUAAUGGUUCAAACUUCAAGAAGUGGAAACAAGACCUAGAAUUAUGUCUAGGGUAUAGUAACUAUGAGCAUGUGUUGAAUGAAGAUCCCCCAGCAGAGUUGACACCCACUAGCACUAGAGAAGCUAAGGAUAAAUAUGCACAGUGGCAUAAACACAAUAGGAUGGCCCUGGUCAUUAUGAAGAGAUCUAUGUCAGAAGCUGUUAAGGGUGGCAUACCUGAUGCAAAAUUGGCCAGAAUGAAGUUUGAUGGGGUAGGAAGCAUCAGGGAAUACAUUUUGAAGGGAACUGAGAUUGCUGCAAAACUGAAGGCUUUAGGGGUUACCAUAGAUGACCCUUUCCUAGUCCACCUUAUCCUAAACUCAUUACCAUCUCAAUACUCUCAGUUAGAGUGCAACUACAACACACAGAAGGAAAAAUAG